AUGCCGCGUCCCGCAAGGCGCCCGUGGGCGAGUCGGCCCCCGGCCCGCCCCUGUCGGGCCUGCCGCGGUCCCACCUCCGCCAGGUUCUCUCCGCACUGCUUGUGGCGCCUCUGGAAGAGUUUCUGGAAGAGUUCCUCGCUCUGGUGGUGGCGGAGCGGCACCGUCUUCUGGCUCCGCCUGAGCGCGGUGCCGCCCGGACGGGCGGAGAAGCCUCCCCUGGAGCAGCUCUACCGGCAGGGCCCGCUGCUGGGGAGCGGCGGCUGCGGCAGCGUUUACUCCGGGACCCGGCUCGCCGACGGCGCCCCGGUGGCCAUCAAGCGAGUGUCCCGGGAUCGCAUCUCGGAGUGGGCGCGGCUGCACGACGGCGCCCUUGUGCCCCUGGAGCUGGUGCUGCUCUGGAUGGUGUCGUGCCCUGGCUUCCGCGGCGUCGUGCGGCUCUUGGACUGGUUCCAGCUGCCCGACGGCUUCGCGCUGGUCAUGGAGCGUCCGGAGCGUUUUCAGGACCUCUGGUACUUCCUGGACGAGCGGGGGUUCCUGACGGAGCCCGUGGCGCGGGGGCUGUUCUGCCAGGUGCUGGAGGCCGUGCGGCACUGCACCAGCCGCGGCGUCCUGCACCGCGACAUCAAGGCCGAGAACAUCGUCCUUGACCUGGCCACCGGCGAGGCGAAGCUCAUCGACUUCGGGUGCGGCACGAUCCUCCGGGACACUUUGUACACCCGAAUGUCAG